GUGGGAUGCUGUUUCAAGAUGGCGCAUGUUGAGGUUGUGUUCAGGUUCAUGUACAUCAACCUUACAUGAAAAAUAAUAGAAAUAUGACGCUGUGAAAAACAAAUUGAGUGUUUGUGUUUGUGGAAAGAUACGAAAAGUUUGUGACUAUGUUUGGAUAACGACUAGAUUUUACUAUGUCUCACCAUGCUGUUGUGGUAUGGGAAUGGGAGCUCAGAGAAGGCAGAUGGAGGCCCUACAGUCCAGAAGUAUCGCAGCAUUUAGAGAGAGCCAAUGUAAAACGUUUAACUCGAGUUAUAUUAUCUGAUGCUGAUCCUUCUUUGCAUAGUUAUGUUAAUUUACGGACAAAGACUCAAUGUCAAGAUGAAGGAGAUUUGUCACCUUUAAAAGUAAGAAGGAAAUGCUAUCAUCAAAACUCACCUGCUGGUAAAGGUGUUAAAUGGGAAUGGGGUGGUGGCGAGGGUGGAUCGGAAUGGCUAACUCAUGACAUGGAGGUUCAGUGCCUUAUUGAAGAAUCCUGGGCUAGUGGAGAACAAACUAUUGACAUGAGUUUGACCUAUCUAUGUCUUCCAUAUGUUAUCAAUUUUUACAACUUAACACAAAUUAGUGGAAGCUCUGGUGCUGUUCGAAAUAUUAGAAGAGUCCAGCAGGCACCUUAUCCAUUAGUUAAAGUUACAUUGGAGGAAUUGAAUGGUUUCACAGGUGAUGAUAACAAUCUUAAGCCAUCUAUAGCUAAUCGGCCACAGCUGCCGUUACCAGCGCCCAGAAAAAAUCAGUCUUCUCAAAAAUUGAGUUCUAACAAUAAUACUCUAUCAUGUACAACCAAAAAACACAAAGGGAAAACGAAAAAUCUCAACAGUGAAACUACUCCAGCAAACUUAGCUAGAGCAAUUUUAAAUAAUCUGAAUAUAUUCAGUCAUAAGCCAAAUACUUCUUCAAACUCCCAAAGCAAUCAAACCCAGUUUUUAAAACAUGUACAAAAUUCUAAUAUAGGACAUAGUAACUCUAAUAAUAAACAAUACUCAUCGCAAAGGCAGCAAAAUGCUAACAUGCACAUAUUAAAUACUAGACGAUCUAUGAAAAAUCAUUCUGAGUAUCCAGUUAUACAAAAUUCCAAAAAUAUCUUAACCAAGUCUUCCAUUAAUGUAAGUUCAAGAAAUUCAAGCAAUAAUGAACACUCAAGAAACAAUCAAGUACUGAUUUCCCAACAUCAAAAUUCAAGAAACAAAACUUCAUCGCCGAUUUUCCAGCAGAAUAGCUUAUCAUCAAAUUUACAAAACAUGAGCCAUAUAAAUAGAUCAUAUGUUGGAAGCACAGCUUCUAUGUCACAGAGUUCUAGAAAUAGUUCCAGACAUUUGGAGUCAGUAUUAGAUGUUGAUUCAAGCAGUAUUAAAAGUGGCAGAAGACCAAGUGUUGAUACAGUUUCCACUUAUUUAAGCCAUGAAAGUAAAGGAAGCCAGGGUGCAUCUGUAACCGAUUUACUAGAUUGCAGUAUUGGUAGUGAUGAAGUUUUUGAAUGUCUAAAUUCACCUAGGAGAAGAAUGGGUAUUGCCGGGUCUAUUGUUGGUGUUGAUGCAGCUAGUGAUGUUAUAUCUCGUUAUGUUCGAGUGGUGGAUCCACCAACUUGGCCGGGAAGACCACCUUGUCCAGUUUGUUUAUUAGAUAUGUCUUCUAAUAACAAUCCUUCUCUUGAUUGUCAAAUGUCAGGAAUACUUGAAAAUAACCAUCAUCAAGAUGAUUUGAUAGUAUCCUUGACCAGAUGUGCUCAUGCAAUGCAUCUUGGUUGUUUGAAUCAAGUUAUAAGUCAACAAAAUUCAGAGAAGGGUCUUUAUUUGGAAUGCCCAUUAUGUUUAACUGUUUAUGGACAUAAAAUUGGCAACCAACCACCUGGUUCUAUGAACUGGACAGUCAUACCUAGGUCGUUACCUGGACAUCCUGAUAGCAAAACUUUACAGCUCACAUACAAUAUUGCAUCUGGCAUGCAAGGAUCAGAUCAGCCAAAUCCCGGACAACCAUAUUUUGCAGUUGGAUUUCCAAGAGUUUGUUAUCUUCCUGAUAAUGCACAAGGAAGAAGGGUUCUUCGACUGUUGACCAUAGCUUGGGAAAGGCGUCUUGUAUUUACAAUUGGACGAUCUUUGACAACUGGAAGAGAAGAUGUUGUUGCCUGGAAUGGUUUGACACACAAGACUGAAAUAGGACCUAGCAUAACAGGUGCAGGAUACCCCGACACUGGCUAUUUAGAUAGGCUUGUUACUGAAUUGCUUCAUUUGGGUAUAACUGAUUCUCCAGAUGAAUUGCCUAAUGUUUACCAGGAAUUGUGUUAAGUAUUUUUAUAUUUAUAUAAAACAAUUGACUCAAAUAUUAUAAAGUCUGAUAUUUGGAGCGGAUAAAAAACAACUUGCUGGAAGUUACUGAGCAAGAA